ACAGAAAACAAACCCAGGAGGGUGCUGCGGAUUUAGAAUUGGUCCUCUCAGAAAUACUGAGCACCCCCAUCCAUCUGGGACAUGGAGCCCUUUAAUCUGAAGGCUGUGAAACUGUUCACAAUAUGGCCUGACAGCCCCAGGCAGAAGCAGGGACAGGAGCAGAGGUGGACUGAAGAACCUACAGCUGCCUAGUUGAGAUAAGGGUACAGGUGGGCUUGGGGGGGCAGGAUGCCUGCCAAUGACUUUUGGAGAGCAGGAUUAGCAAAGAGGUGCAUGUGGGGCAGGGGCAGUGCCUGGCAUUUGACCAUAUAUAGGCCCUGUCACUAUUUUUUCCUCCUAUUUGGUGGGCUUGAUGUCAUUUGUUUUUCUGAAAUUCUGAGCAGUUGUUCUCUGGUUAUCAUAUGUGUGUGUCUUGAAUGGUGGGGCACUAAGGCUAGAAUUGGGUCUGAGCUGGGCAGGGAGGUGAGAUCUGUACUGCGUUGUUUAUGCUGAGAGAUUCUGGGGGGCAGGAGAGAUGCUCCACACCUGUGAUCGGAGGUAAAUGUUUCAUGUUUGACUCUGUCGGGAGUCCAGGGGUCUGAGAGUUGAGGAAAGAGAUUAUCUGCCAUCAUUUUGGAGGGGAAGCUGAUGUGUUGUUUGGGCAUUGUGAGGCUGGGUGAUUUACCUGUAAGGGCCCUGCCCCUGUGCAGACUGUCAUUUGGUUCUGGAGUUUCCUCUGCUAAACAGCUUUGUGGGGCUCUGUAAACAGCAGUCCCCUCUCUUCCUUUUAGUUCUAAUGCUGCCUGUUUGAUUUGUUUGAAGCCAUUGCAUGCAACAUGGCUGCAUAAACCAUGCAAAUUAAGCAAUUAAAGCUGCCUCUGGAAAGGUCCACCAUGGAGAAAAGGCUCAGCCACAAAGCUGGGUAAUGUGAGCCGAGCAGCAGAGCUCAGCUCAGCCUGGUCCCGUGACAGUCUCGGGUUUGCUGUGUGCUGCUGUCCUAGAUACAACGUUUGUCUCCUGGGCUCUGUCCUCUCCAAUGUAAACAGCAACACCCAGGGAAGGAAGAGCAUGGUGCUAGCUCCUUCUGUUGACCAGGUGUCCAGAAGUGGAGUCCAAAUUCUCAGGAAGCAACUUUUAAUGGGAAAGGGAGCAGGGAAUAGUCAUACCUUGUACGGGGAGGUGUCAGAGCCCUGAGAUUUAAUGAGGAGAACUCAGGGGUCUCUGAAGUUAGGGCAAAUCAUUCCAGGAGCCCGGAGUUUGGGAUCAAGUUCUUGAGAUUGAUGGAAACAAUUCUGAGGUCUCUGAACUUGAGGGGGAAUUUUGAAGACCCAGAGAUAAUGUUGCAAUAUUUAGGGAUGCGGGGGGGAGUUGGACACACACACACUGCACUUGCUUCCCCACCAGGGUGUGUUAUCUGGCAGGUGUAAGCACUGGGGAGUGGGAAGCUGUGUAAACAGAGAGUAUCUGGGGUGACAGAGUCAAAAAGUCACUGACAGGCAUCCUACCCCCCCCCUCCCGACCCCAUCCUUUCUACUGUAGUCAGCUCCAGCACCUGUGAGAGGAGAGACCUCCCACUCUUGGGUUGCCUUAGGGCUUCCAUUGUUCUGGGCUGAAAAGGGCAGCAAAGACUUCAGUCAAGGGUGAAGUGAGGUGCUGAAUGAACCAUGAGGACAUGUGAAUGCUGUGCUUCUGGCGCAAGGGGAAUCCCACCCACAUUUCCUGCUGCUAUUCCUACCCUUUCUGAAUGGCAACUCACAGGCUCCCAGCAAAGGACAGCAGAGCUAUGAGGCUCACCCAUGACAUCAGCCUUGAGGAGUUUGAGGAUGAAGACCUCUCUGAAAUCACCGAUGAGUGUGGAAUCAGCCUGCAUUGUAAGGACAGCCUGGCCCCCCGGAGCCAUGUGAGCCUGCAGACCAAUAGCGGCCUGGGGGUGGGCGGCGGGGAGGCGAGCCGGCUCCAGGCAGAGAUGCUUCAGCUGGACCUGAUCGAUGCUGCCGGGGAGACCUCUGCCGAAGAGGAAACCGCCCAAGAGCCACUCAAGAAGGAGCCCCCGCCGGUAACCAUGGACACCUACAGACCCAAGCGGCCCACAACUCUCAACCUCUUCCCACAGGUGCCUCGGACCCAGGACACUCUGAAUAACAACUCUCUAGGGAAAAAGCACAGUUGGCAGGAGCGGGUGUCCCGGUCAUCAUCCCCCCUGAAAACUGGUGAGCAGACCCCCUCCCAUGACCACGUUUGCCUAAGUGAUGAGGUCAAUCACCAAAACAGCACAACCUCCACCAAAGAUCGGGGCACGUCCACAGAGAGCCCGUGCCGGCGCACAGCCGCCACACAGAUCGCCCCUGCCUGUGUUGUGUCCUCCCGGGUGCCUGAGAAGCACCAGGCUGCCGGCCGGCUCCCACCCCACAACCCCAGUGUGGUGGUGGUGACGAGGGGGCCGGAAGCCCACCGGGACCGCAUCCGCUACCAGACAGACGUGAGGCUAGAGGCCACCGAGGAGAUCUACCUGACACCUGUACAGAAGAACUCGGACCCACUGGAGCCUGAGAAGCCCUUCCUGUCGCAGUCCAGCGAGAACCGCAUGUCCAUCAGUUCUGACAUCGACACCUCCAGCUACCCCGCACUGAUGGGGAAGCCCAAUCCCUCCAUCAGCGAGGAGGACGAGGUGUUGGACUACAUGUCCUCGCCCGAGAAGAUGAGCCUGCCCAGGACCUCGUGCAGCAGCAGCAGCAACGGUGGCUACCGGCAUGGGCACAGCCUCCAGAGGGCGUCAGUGAGCUCAGACACCAGUGCCCUCUCUUACGACUCAGUCAAGUACACGCUGGUGGUAGAUGAGAACGUGCAGCUGGAAUUAGUCAGCCUGAAGCAGUGCUACUCGGGCUACAGCGACGAGAGCGACUCAGCAACCGUCUAUGACAACUGCGUCUCCUCGCCCUAUGAGUCGGCCAUUGGCGAGGAGUAUGAGGAGGAUGCGCUGAAGCGUGAUUCAGUCUGCCUGUCUGAGGACUCCACCCCCGAGGCUGACAUCCACUUCUCCAAGAAGUUCCUCAACGUCUUCAUGAGUGGCCGGUCGCGUUCCUCUAGUGCGGAAUCGUUUGGGCUGUUCUCCUGUAUGAUCAAUGGGGAAGAGCAGGAACAGACUCACCGCGCUGUCUUUAGGUUUGUGCCUCGUCAUGCGGAUGAGCUGGAGCUGGAGGUGGACGACCCUCUGCUGGUGGAGGUGCAGGCAGAAGAUUAUUGGUACGAGGCCUACAACAUGAGGACAGGCGACCGGGGCAUCUUCCCUGCUUACUAUGCGAUUGAGGUCACCAAGGAUCCUGACCACAUUACAGCCCUGACCAAGAACAGUGACUGGAUGGAUCAGUUCCGGGUGAAGUUCCUUGGCUCAGUCCAGGUUCCAUAUCACAAAGGCAAUGAUGUGCUGUGUGCGGCUAUGCAGAAGAUCGCCACCACCCGCCGCCUCACUGUGCACUUUAACCCACCCUCCAGCUGCAUCCUGGAGAUCAAUGUGCGAGGAGUCAAGAUUGCUGUGAAAUCUGAUGAUUCCAAGGAGCAGAACAAGGGUAAUAAAUGUAGCCACUUUUUCCAGCUGAAGAACAUUUCCUUCUGUGGAUACCAUCCAAAGAACAACAAAUAUUUUGGGUUUAUCACCAAGCACCCAGCUGACCACAGAUUUGCCUGUCACGUCUUCGUCUCAGAGGAGUCCACCAAGCCGCUUGCAGAGUCUGUAGGGAGGGCUUUCCAGCAGUUCUACAAGGAGUAUGUGGAGUACACCUGCCCCACAGAGGACAUCUACCUGGAGUAGGGACUGGGCCGAGCACCCUUCUGUACAGACAGGGCCAGCGAACUCGCCCAUUCCCCAUCAUGCAUGGACAAACUGCUUUGACACUGGAGGAGGAACAGAGCUGGGGAUGGCUCCCUUGGUGCAUGGAGCACUACCUCUUUUCAGGACUCUCCUUCCUCGGGCUGGGGGUUGGGGGAUGGGAGGGGGAGGGGCUGAAAAAUGGGGUUUAUUGUAAAAUACUCUUUUAGUUUAUUAUAUUGAAGAAGCAGCACAGCUGUGGGCUCUGAAGGGGGAACAGGCAGCCUGGGGCAGGAAUGCAGCUGUGGCACUGGAGUUGGCCUAGGACAGAGCACCCUGCCACUGUGUAAGUGAGAGGGCUGGCCUGGUGUGAUGAGAGCACUCCUCCUCCUCCCUCCUGGGUGCUAGAGCGAGGACUCCUCCCAGCUCCUGGGCUGCCUUGCAGCCUUAGCCAGCUUUCUCCAGCUCCCUUUCUUAGUCCCUCAGGUUGAUUUUUAACUCCAGGGCAGCAUUGGCCUCGCACUGUGAAGCCACAUCAGCUGCUGAGAACAGGAGCUAAUAGGAACAGGUCAGCCCAAGCCCUGACUGAGGGGGAAGGGGAUAGCUCCACUCCACCCCCUGAGGGGCAGGGGGCAUGGGCAUGGCAGAGAGGGGCAACUGCUAAAAGCCUUGGAACCACUUGAUGGGUACCACAUGGAAGAUGGACUCACCCCUGCACUCAUCCCAGGAGGGAAGAGCAGCCUGGUUUGUAGCCUCCCUGCCAUUCCCACCCUGACAUCCUGAGAACCCCCUGCUUUCCAGGGGUGAAUAUUAGCCUGGGCUGAGACUAUGGGGCCCUAUUUCUCCUCUGUGUAGAGGAGUGAGUUUGAGGAGAAGAAGCGGGGAGCAGAAGAGUCAGUGCCCUCACAUCCUGUAAAGGUGGGAGGGGGACAGUUCCUCUGGGGCCCCCUGCCCUUCAGUCUCCAGGUUGUGGGGAACUCCUCUGCUCCUCACCCCACCAGCUGUGGGUGCCAGUGGCUGUGGGCUAUUUGCAUACUGGGAUGCACGUUUGAAAGUGUGAAAUGCUGAGAGGCAGCGGCUCUGGUCCAUCUGCAGGGGGGUGAGCACAACAUGAAUUCUUUCCCAGCCUCCACGAUGGCAGUGGCUCCACAGAGGGGGAGAGGCAGCAGGAACCUGAGAGACGAGCUGGGGCCCUGAGACAAGAGAGGGAGCAGCAAGGGGCUCAGGACUGCAGUGAGCUGUGCUAAUAUCUAGGGGAUGACACUUCUCCCCUCCAGUCUAGGUCUCUGGCCUUCAGCUGGAUCCGCUGUGGUGGCAAAACUAUUAAAUAUAAAGUUUCAUGGAGUU